UACAUACAGAUCUCUUUUUAAGAGCAGUAAUAUUGGGAAUAAAAGUAGAAGUGAUUCACAAUGCUUCUACUAUUAAUGCUAUUGGUUGCACAGGUUUACAAGUCUAUAGAUUUGGAGAAACAGUAUCUGUGUCAUUCUUUACUGAAAAAUGGAAGCCUUAUAGAUUCUAUCCUAAAAUCAAGGCCAAUUUAGAUCAUAAUCUGCACACUCUAAUUAUUUUAGAUAUAAAAGUUAAAGGAAAUUUGGGAAGAAAAUUUAGCUAGAGGAAAAAAAAUUUAUGAGGCUCCUAGAUUUAUGAGUCACAAGUAGCCGUCAAUUAAAUUAUAGAAUCUGAUAAAUAAUUAGAUUUAAAUGCAGUAGAUGAAAAAACUAUAUGCUUUGAGUGGCAAGAGUUGGGUUUGAGAGUUAAAAAGUAAAUAUUAAUUGCAUAUUUAGAUUGUUUCUAGAUUUUUGCAUGAGUUUUUAGAAAUAGAUAUGGGGU